UCAUUUUCUACUCCCUCUCGAAACGAAGUUUUUUCUCUUUUAUGAUCCUAUUUAAAAUGACAUAAAGACAUAAAAUGACAGAUAACCUCAACCCAUUUUAUUAAUAAUCCUAUCGAGUGGAAAAUAUAAUAAAAAUAUUAAUUAUGGAAGACGCUGAACUCGAAAGAAUACGGAAUCAGAGAUUAGCCCAACUGCAAUCUCAAUAUAGCAAAGAAGGUGGAGAUGCUGAGGCCCAGAGAGCUAAGCAAGAACAAGCUAAAGAAGAAACCAAACAUGCAAUUCUCUCCCAAAUUUUGGAUCAGCAAGCACGAGCGAGGUUAAAUACUCUUCUACUUGGGAAACCUGAAAAAGGACAAAUGGUUGAGGCAAUGCUCUUGAACAUGGCAAGAAGCGGUCGUAUAGCUCAAAAAAUUAGCGAACCUGAACUAAUACAACUGUUAGAAAGUAUUGCUUCGACACAAUCUAAUAAGACCUCGGUGAAAUUUGAUAGGAGGAGAGCUGCUAUUGAUUCUGAUGAUGAUGAUUUUUAAUUAUUUAACUAUAUGCUUUGUUCGAAAAGAUUGAAGUGCUAAUUUAUCUGUUACUACUCAUUUAAUAAACCUUUUCUAAUUA